CAUCCCAUUCUUACUCAACCCUGAAUUAUUUGGGCGGCUACCUCUACCAACUCAGAUCUGUUAUUCCUGUUAACCAAAAAGGAUCUGAAACCGAAGCGGAAAGCUCGAAUCUGCAUUGAACUUCCUGAUCUGUGCACAAAAUUAUAGAUUAAGAACUACAGUUGAGUUGCUGCCUUGGUUAUUAUUAGACGAAUCAGAAUGGCCACUAUUACCACUACAACGACAACUACUACAGGUCCUUCACUGGGAAUAUCAAUUGACAGAGCAUAUAUCCAUACCUUGUUUGGAAGAUUCAAUCUAAUUACUUUGGUUAUCAAUGUGAUUUGUUUCAUUUGUGUUGCUGCACAACCCUGGAGCACUUACAUACCUCCACAAGGAUGGUUUUAUUUUGUUUGUGUCACAGGAUUCUGGUCAGGUCUCAUUGAACUUUUCCUGGGUUUUUGUCGUCUUCAGGAUAGAAUGGUCAGAGUAGUCCCCUGGAAGUUAGGGCUGCUAAUCUUUUAUGGUUUGUGGUCAUUCUUCUAUCUAACUGCCGCCAGCGCUGUUACUCAUUAUGCCGCCAACUACGAGAAUAGGAGUGGUUGGUACGCUGGAACGGUAUUUGGAUUCAUCGCCACAAUCAUUUACGGCAUUGCCGCUUACUACCGAUUUGUUGAUUGGAAGGGAGUUAAUACUGCUACCGUUAGCAGUCCCGCCUAAGUGUUUCAGAUUAUCUGUAAAAGCAUAAUCUUUUACAACUUUUGCUGUUGUCGCACGUUCAUUCUCAAACACUCUUCGAUCUGAUGUGUCAAACACUAAGUUAUGUCACCAUACACCUUGAUUUGCUUUGUUGGCUUCUGACCAUUAAUCUGAAAUACUUCUUUAAAUGUUUGAGUAAUUUCUCUGUUGCACUCCCACAAACUUUUUUUUUUUUUUUUUGUUUGUAUACUACCUGAUGCUGUGCCUUCUGCCGCAAAUGCCUUCUCUGAAAUUUUUGAAAUAAUAUUUUUGUCUCUCCCGGUCGGUUGGCAUUCUGGCAGGAAGUAAUGCAUCCAAGAAUAGUACAAUCUAAUAUAAUAUGUUCUAUCUGUUAAUUUUCGUUCUAACGUAUUCUGGCCUUUUCAUUUGUGCAAUAAAGCAAUAACAAUACAAGACAAUAGAUUAGACAAUU